CAGGGUGGGAACUACCGAAAAAGCGCCGGACUUUUCCCUCCUUCUCGCCUUCUGGCUCUGGCUGGUGGUACAAGUACUCUUCAACAAAGUAGGUCUACAGUCUACUGGAGUGAGGAUGACUCUUUCAACGAAGAAUUUGAAGAAAACUUGUCAAGAUGAAGUUACGAUGUGAAGUUCAAGUUUCGGAUCACCAGCUCUGCAUUAAAAAGCCAGGGAAAGCUGCUUUUGCUCAAGUAUCAGUUGGACGUAAACCUGGACAUAAAGAUGGUCCAAUCUAUGUGAUGAUAUGUACUGCCCAGAACAGAAAUGGAACAAAAUAUGUGAUAUGGAAAAACUUGAAACAGAUUUUUGGAAAAUUUGUGAAAGAUGGAAAAGCAACCGUUCGUUUCAUGAAUCCCCCUCAUGAUUUGGCUUUUAGUAAGGCAAAUGCCGAUCUUCUGGACACAUUUCUCAAAGUAGUCAAGCUGGUAGCCCAGGGCAAAGGUCUGCCAGAUGAGUCUCUGUCGUCCUUAGCACCAGCAUCACUGAAGCAAGUGGAGCGUCCUGUUACAUCUCUCUCAGUUAUGUCUCCAUCAGAAUAUCCGAUGUCAUUCCCAAAGAGCCUGACAAAACUCAUGAUCUGUAAUUGCAGGUUAAGACGAGUCAGUCCACAUGUCCUUUCUCUGAAUCUCUUGACCACCCUGGACCUCAGUUUCAACAGUCUGUCGAGCCUGCCCGAGCAGAUGUCUCAGCUGAAGAGCCUCACCAGUCUCUCGUUGGCUCACAAUGAAUUUGUCACGUUCCCAAUUGUCCUUUGCAAAACGGAUGUAAGGCGAACUCUGCUGGUACUGGACAUGAAACACAAUGAAAUGCACAGUGUUCCUUCUUGCAUUAAAGAGUGUGAAAAGUUGCAGUCACUGGUCCUAUCGUCGAAUAAGCUGCAUUCUCUGCCACAGUGUCUGGGUCACAUGAAGUCAUUAACGUCUGUGUCUGCCUCAGACAACAAGCUGCAAUAUCUACCAGGAUCUAUGCUGAGGAAGACCUGGGAACUAGCAGACUUCAGCAAUAAUCCCUUUAACCUCAGCAUUGACAAUUCAACACAAGCUGCUUCAUUUGCAGUUCCUUCUCUGGCAGAAUGGAGUGCCCGCUCAGUGGUAAACCAUGAAGUGCAGUUCACGAAGGAAGAUCUUGACUUGCACUCCAUUCAGUAUGUUCAGGGGGCCCACUUCUGCGUGUGCGGAUCAGCAUGUUUUGAGACGAGUGUGAGGGCGACAAAGAAACGCCCACUUUGGGCAACUUCUGCCUAUCAGGGUGAUGUCCCAUUACAAAUGCAUUUCUGUUCUCUGCGCUGUCUGAAAUUGUUUAAUUCUUCAAAAAGAUGACACAUUGUAGGAUCCUGCAUGAAGAAGAAAUGUCUGUGAGUGUAAUUUAUAUUUGCUUUUAUUUAUAAUAAAAUUCAUUGCAAUUUGAACA